AUCCGCGGAUUCAUGUUCUGCCACUUACGACCAGGAAGGGCUCCUUGCAGGCCUGUGAUAUCCCGGCGCAAUUCUCGGAUAUGACAACGCUGGAAAGCCUCCGUGUCACUCUUGGGGGCAUUUGUGGGGAUUUCCCACGCCUUCCAAAGUCAGCCUCGGGCCAAGCCAUCUGUCCGACAACGUUUGGGCCUCGCCCACGUGAGCACUCAUCAUGUCUGAUUUUUGCGGCAACUUUGGUUCUCAUCCGAUCUGGAAUUCAGCCUCGCGGACAAAAGGGUGACUCGGGACCGCAUUGACGACAUGGCUGUGGCAUCUUACAAGCUUGACGGCACUGGUCGCCUUCACCAUCGAGUCGUGAUCGUCACUGGCGCAUCUUCAGGACUUGGCCGCGGCAUAGCCUUAGCUCUGGCUCGUGAGGGUGCUCAUGUGAUUUGUUCAGAUCGAGUCCUCGAAGCACGCCAGGACGGAUUCGAAGAAGACAAGCAUAUCCCUACCCACGAAGUUAUCAACAACAAUGGUGGGAAAGCCUUCUUUCAGAAGUGUGAUCUGAUGAACGUCCCUGAAAUUGUUGCACUCAUACGAGCAGCGGUCGAGAAAUUCGGAAAGCUCGACAUUCUAGUCAACAACGCUGGCCUGUGGAUGCCUUUGCGUGACUAUGUGGAGGAGACAGAGGAGCAGUGGGACGCAAUGUUUGCUAUCAAUGCUAAAGGGACGGCAACGGCGAUGCGAGAGGCGAUCAAGCAAUUUCUCACACAACCUGUCGACGAGGUUUCGGGGUCCCGAGGCCGAAUCGUUAACAUCUCCUCGGCUGCUGGCGGUAUCACGGCCAUCCGACGCGAGACGACAUACGCUGCAAGUAAAGCAGCCGUGGCUAUGGUGGCCCAAAACGCCGCACUGGAUCACGCCAAGGAUUAUAUCAAUGUAAACGUGGUAUGUCCAGGUGUUGUCCGGACUGGCGCUGCCGGGAUCAACUUCCGUACGCCGGAAAUCAUCACAGAGAUGCAAAAGGGCACCCCAUGGCCCAGAUUAGGGGAGCCAUCUGAUAUUGCCAAAGCUGUUGUGUUCUUUUGUAGCGAUGAUGCGCAGUGGAUUACAGGUCAAAGAUUGGCAGUCGAUGGUGGCUUCACAAUUGGCAUACCGCUGUAGAAGGUUACUACAAAACCGCUGGACAAGGCUGCUUUGCUUGAAAUAAGGUACCACAUAUUCUUGGUGUGUACACUUCCCAUGUAUGCAAGGCUUUCCAAGGUCCAAACAGGCGAUCUAAGGCUUAGUCGGUGUCAUCGUGAUCUACGCCUUUGCCUUUGCCUUUGAGACUCGUAAAUGAGCCUAGCAGGAACGCGCCUACGUCCUCCUUCUGACAUGUGCACACUCAAUUGGUGCCUCGAGACGGUGGUCUGGCCGGUGGAGUACUCCUGAGCCC